AGAAUCGCUGGUUUUAGACAGAAGUUUGUCUUUUGUCAUUGAACAUGGAGGAUAUUAUCACACACACACACACACACACACACACACACACACACACACACUGAGGCGGGUUCAUGGAGUGAUUAUUUACUGAAGAUAUACAGCUUAUUAUUUACGAUGAUGUGUUUUCACAUUCUUAAAAUGGCCUGUGGUCCCAAUUUGUGUAAUUGGCAUUCAUCCAGGGGCCCAAGAGGCGAGCUGUCACAUCAUCCCGGGCCGGCCAAUCAGAGGCCAGAGCGCGGAGAGGGGGCGGAGCUGGCGCGGAGAAGGCAGCGCAAUUAAACAGAGGGGAGCGCAAUUUAAAUCCAAAACAUCUCUGGACGCGCGCGGGGCAGGAAACACACACAUAUCUACACACACACACAAACAGCUGACACCCACCCGCACAGAGACACACACUUACACACACUCACUCACACACGGUGUGUCUCAGCGGGUGAGUGAAGGAGAAGUGUCCGGUGCUGUGCUGUCGGUGUCCGGUCAAGUUGGAGUGGAGCCUCUCGGUGCGUCAGCGGAGACGCGCGGCGGAGCUGUGAGGCGUUCAUGGUCCUAUGUUUUGUGGGGGAACUACGAGGAGGAAGAAGACGUGUUGAGCUUUUUGUUUUUAUUUUCCUCUCCGUGACUUCCUUCCCUCCGCUGCACCGAUGGAAUGGUUUGGUUCAAUCGGAUUACCGCGGCUCUAAACUCCGGUUCCCUCACAGAGGCGGUGACAGCCGCGGCUCCACCGGGGGUCUGCCGUCCCUGCGCAGCCGCCCACAGCGCUCCUUCUCCGGUCUCCUCCGAGCUGCAGCGGUCGUUCAUAUGAGCGCAGCGUUCAGCCCGUCCUUCAUGGUGAUGCAGCGGCCACUCGGAAGCACCACCGCCUUCAGCAUUGACUCUCUGAUCGGGGGGCCCCCGCAGCCCAGCCCGGGACACUUCGUCUACACCGGCUACCCGAUGUUCAUGCCGUACCGGUCGGUGGUGCUCCAGCCGCCUCCGCCGCCGCCGCCCCCGGCCCUGCAGCAGGCUCUGCCCGCCGGCCACCACCCGCACCCGCAGAUCCCGAGCCUGCAGGGCGGCUUCUGCUCCAGCCUGGCGCAGGGCCUGACGCAGGGCAUGGCGCUCACCUCCACGCUCAUGGCGUCGCUGCCCGGCGGCUUCUCCCCGUCCCAGCAGCACCAGGAGGCGGCCAGGAAGUUCGGCUCGCAGGCGCUGCACGCGGUCUUCGACAAGACGCAGGAGCUGCGGCUGGACGCGGAGGACGGCAAGAGCUUCCUGCAGGGGAAGGAGUCCGCGGCGCUGCAGGCUUUCCACGACGCGGACACGGCGGUGCAGACGUCCACAGGUAGGCGGGGGUGCGCGGUCAGAGCACACAGUAAAGACGACUCCAAAGAGGACGAGUGCGGCCGGAAGGAUGAGAGCUUCUCCAUGGACAGUGACUUGGACUACAGCUCUGAUGACAACCUCACCUCCAUGUGUCACAAGGAGGACGGGGACGGCGGAGGAGGAGGUGGAGGAGGGCUGGAUGACGGCCCGCACAUGCACGGCGGCGGCGGUGGCGGCGGGUCUGGCAGCGGCGGAGGCUCCGGUGGAGGCGGCGGCGGCGGUAAGAACCGGCGGCGGCGGACGGCGUUCACCAGCGAGCAGCUGCUGGAGCUGGAGAAGGAGUUCCACUGCAAGAAGUACCUGUCGUUGACCGAGCGCUCCCAGAUCGCGCAUGCGCUCAAACUGAGCGAGGUGCAGGUGAAGAUCUGGUUCCAGAACCGGCGCGCCAAGUGGAAACGGGUCAAAGCCGGGAACGUCAACAACAAGUCCGGGGAGCCGUCCCGGAACCCCAAAAUAGUCGUCCCCAUCCCGGUGCACGUGAGCCGCUUCGCAAUAAGGAGUCAGCACCAGCAAAUGGAGCAGGCCAGACCGUAGAAGAAGAAACCACCUGAGCGCGUGACAAGUGACUGAGUGCCGUGUUGAUGCUUUUUAUUUCCUCUUUUUUUAACACCACAAAUUUAAAUUAAAUUAAGUGUGACGCUGAUAAGUCCCUGCGGUGCACCAGCUCCACGAGCUGUGCUUUAAACCAUCUCCCGUCAGAAAUCACAUAUUUUGCAUAAAGCAGCUAAAACACAGUUUAACCAAAUGAAACAAACAGAACAAAUAUUAACAUCAUUUCCAACACAGGUUGAAACCUUCACGAUGAAUUAUUAAAAACAGAAAACGAGGCUUGAAUUAAGAAAUAAUUUAAUUAGAAGCGUUUCUCGCUUUUUUUCAAGGAAUCCGAUUUUAUUUAAACUGAAUUACAACAGUAAUGAAUCCUGGUGUUAUUACAGUGCAUUUAUCCUGUGUUAAAAUCUGGUUUCAUUUGAUUUAAAGAUGAAAAAACAAUUUGCCGAAUCCCAUUACAUUCUUUACUGAUUUAAGGAUUCCCCACGCCUGAAGGAAGCUCGCUUAGUACAAACAUGUCACAAAAUC